AUCGCUCGCUGAGCUUCCGUUGUUGCACAGCACAUCGAUCGACGACGAUAUCGGGAAGCAAUAUGGGGUUGGCCUUGUCGCGGCUGGAGGAGAUUAGGACGCAGUACCGCAUGGCAGCGGAAGACGGCGAGGCUGACAGUCCGGCACCGGCGCCAGUGUCGCCGACCGGUGCUGCUGCUGCUUCCGGCGGCGGCACUGAAAAGAAGAAGCAGGCGGACGACUCGUCGUCGUCGUCAAAGACGACAGAAUGGGUUCCUCAUAAGUUCUCUGAGAUCGUCGGUCAAAGACGACCUGGUGAGGAUAUGUUCCGAGGGAUCUACCUUCCACGAUCGGAUCAGCAGCCGAAAACAAAGAAGUACUGGGUAGAUGGGAGAAAUGCCAACUGCUUCAUGCUGUUCCCUAAAGGAUUCAGCAUCACCUGGGGUUCGGACGCAAGGUACUGGAGUUGGCGCAAGCUCACACAAGAAGAGAAAAGAGAGAUCGACCCCGAGGAGGCCAAAAUGGAGAUGGAGGUGGCGUACCUCAAGGACGUGUGCUGGCUGGAGAUCCGUGCGAAGCUGGAGAUGUCCCACCUCACUCCGGGAUUCACCUACGUCGUCGACUUUGUAGCCAAGCUCGAACAGAACGGCUACGGCUGGUCCGAGCCGGUGGACCUCCAGAUCAAUUGUCCCGGCGACGUCGACAGGAAGCCGCGGAAGGAGAGUCUAUGGAAGACGGUUGACGGGAAAAAGUGGUCGUACGUCAAUGUCGGGGAGGUGGAGGCGGCCGGGCAAAAUGGGGAGAUGGAGAUCGCCAUGCUCAGGUUAGGUGGGGACUGGAAGAGAGGACUCGUCCUCAGGUGCAUCAAGAUUACCCCAAAACCCUAGCUAGCUAGCUAGGUUCACCGGCUAUAAACGACGACGACGACGAUCUACGUACUCCGACUGCAUGCAUGCGCGCGCCUCUGCUGCCGUACGUGCACCGUAAUACUUAGCUUACUUGUGCUAUUAGUGCUAUAGUACUACGUACUACUACUAUUUAUAAUAAGAUGAAUAAAUGCCAUAUUCAUGGCCAUGCGUGGAAUAAUAUGCACUCACACUGUCUACUCUCUC